AGACGUCCCCAGGCUUAGCGUCACGUGUUCAUCUUAGAGUCACGUGUUCGUGACGUCUCCCGGGGACGUUUCGCAACUUGGAACUAGCAGCCACCGUACAAUUAUUGCUGUCUGAAUUUUUCCCGCGAAAGUAGCGAAUGCUCGGCGGGUGCAAUGACAGCGGAUUUCAGUGGCUCCCUUACUCCGCCCUUCUCCCCGUACUUACCGGAACUGUUAGUGGACGAAACAUGCAGGCCUCCCUGCUUCUCCUGUGCCUCUGCCAGUAGCUUAGGGAAUGGCAAUGCAUUUCCCUCUACCUCGUAUUUAUCAACUGGCUCAUUAAAAAGACUUCUGUUGAGACUUGACCCUUCUCCGACUGAUUAUGAGUCUGAUACUGUGGAGAUUUUUGGCUUUCAGUGGGUGGCUGAAACUGCUCUUGUUGAAUCGACUGAUCUCCUUUUUGGAUUGUUUAGGCAGAAACUUGAUAUCUUGGAAAACCUAUGCCAACCUCUGUCCCUAGACCUUGGACAAUUAAGUAACAUACACGUUGAGGCUGAGGAAAUAAGAAGUCAGUGUGUCCAGUUCUUACAUUAUGUCAAAGUAUUUAUUUACAGAUUUCUUGAUCCACCCCAAAAAAUGGACAGUAUUUCAGUCCACCCUUAUGAGGAACUGGAAGCCCAACUUCCCUCUAAGUUAAUAGAAGAACUUCACGGUUUGAGCUUGUAUAUUGGGCACCUCUAUGAACUCCCAAGCAAUAUUCAGGCAGCUGUUCAGCUCCAACAUCAAGGAAAGGUCUUGCCAGCAUCCUGGCACCUACUCCACCUUCACUUUGAUGUUCAUUGGUCCAUUUUAGAAAUUCUUCAAAUUUUGGGAGAUAAGAUGCAAGGACAAAUUGUGUAUGCACACGAGUAUAUUAAUCUGAUUGGAGAAAACUUGACUAAUGUGAGCCUGUUUGAAGAGCUCUGUGAACACUUGCUAUGUGAUCUGAUUUAUUAUGCAGCCAAUAGAUAUACUCAGGUACGUCCAACUGAAGCUUUAAAUAAUCAAAUCUAUCAUUGUAUUUGUGUCAAAGAAAUGUGGAUUUUACUUGUUCACCUUCUUGACCAUAGAAGUAAAGGAUCGUCUUUUGAGAGUUUUUGGAUCCGGAUUAAUAAACUAUUAAGAAGCAUUAAUCAAGUUUCCAACAGUACAGAAUCCUUUCACAUCUCAAGUAUGGUGCAGUGUAAAGACCCUUUAGGACUUAGCUGGUGGCUUGUCGCACACCUUGCACCGCUGUAUACAUUUGAUCGGAAUGGGAAUCUGGAAGAAACCGUUAAGAUAUCAUCAAACUGGAAACUUGUUGAAGACCUUCUUAAGAAAUCAAGUGAUACACAGAAUGGAGUGCGUGAGGAUGAGCUUCGAAUGCAUCUGCAGUGCUGCUUAUCAUUAUGUGACAUCUGGGAGUCGAACCUUACCGCUGGAACCAUACUGUGGGAAUAUUAUAGCAAAAAUCUGAACAAUCCUUUUACCAUCCGCUGGCUUGGUUUGCAAACAUUGGCAUGUGUCAGUAAAAGCCCGUGUUCUAUGCUGGAGGUGGUGAGGAGCUGCUGCACCGAUAAGCUCUCUCUUGACUUGUAUAAGUCUGAUAACAGCUACCUCAUUUUCUUGAGGAUUUUGGCUCGGCUGAUGAAAAAAGACAAAGAAAGCCGUGGAACCCAUCCUUGGAAGCAGAUUAAAGGAAGAAUUUAUUCCAAGUUCCACCAGAAAAAAAUGCAGGAGCUUACAGAAGUUGGACUACAGAAUUUUUUCAUUCUUUUCCUGUUGUUGGGCAUUGUGGCAGACACUGAGGAUAUUGCUAGUCGUGUUAUAGACCUUUUACAGUUUUUAGUCCCCAGCCAUCUCAGUACUUCCCAGCGGGCCCUUUUGUGGAGAGGUAAUUUUGCAUUCCUCCUGAUAUAUGUGGAAAAAAACAUGGACAUAAGUGCACUUGCAGAAAAGCUCUCACACAGUUUCCGAGAAACUGCCAAGGAGUUCUUGGUGACAAAGGGUGAUUUUGGACAAAAACACACACUCUGGACACUUCUUUCCACAUAUGUUGAUGGUGCACAAGAGGUGUUUGAAACCAGCCAUAACCUUCAGCUUUCGGAAGAAAAACUUUUGAAUGAUGGAUUUAGCAUGAUGUUGCCAGCUUGUAGAGAGUCAGAGUUAUGUUCUGUCCUAAAUUUCUUGCAGACUGCUGUAGCCAGGCUUCGUAACAUCCAUAGGCGUGCACAAGGACACGGGAAUCCAGGCAGCCAUGCGCAGUCCUUGUUAGUGGGAAAAGAGCACCAUCUAGCUGUGGCCAGUGCUCUCUGGAGAAAUUUUUUCCCCUUCUUGAAGAACCUGAGGCUUUCACAGACACCCCCGUCCCAGCUAGCAGACACCGCUGCAGGCUAUACUUUGCUGGCUGUGGCCAUGCCUAACAGUGCCCCCCCAGAGCUCCAGCCCCAGCCUUUUGUAUCAAUGUUUCAGAUGUUUGGAUGGGACGAGAUGAUUGCACCUCAACUAAUCUCUCGAUAUCUGAACCACGUGCUACCAAACAGUGAAAUUAUGGAUUCUUUCUGUGGAAUUGGGCACUCCUCUUUCCAAGCUCUGUCUGUUCGUACCUGGAUUCGAUGUGUGUUACAGAUCUAUAUUGACCAACCUGGGGGACCAGACUCUGAACAGAAGACAGCAAUCAUGGAGCAGCUUGGAGAAUUAACUCGACUAGUGUUCAGACUCCCAGAAGUUGAAAACCUCUUAUCCAAAGGGCAGGUGUUACCCUUGUCAUACAAACAAGAUCCUAGGAGUGCACUUUUACAGUUCAUUAAAGCAGCCGGGGUAACGUAUGGAGGCCUGCAGACUCUGACAGAAAAGUCUGCCAUGGUGUCAAAAUGUCAGGAGUAUCUAGGAGAUGUUCUAAAGUACAUCAAACCUUAUCUUACCAAGAAAGGCCCCCCUGAAGGUUUGCAGAUCACUUACAGAACUAUAGGAUGCCUGGUGAGGUAUUGGUCCUUGAUGCUAGCUACUUCCAAAGCACAGCAGCUACUGUUCCGUAUCAUUGAUUUCCUGCUUUUGCCACAUGCUUUGUUCCAGCAAGAUAAGAAUUUGCCGCCAGCCAUGCUCUCCAAUAUCCGCGAAAGUCUGCCCCAGUUUCUACAGGGUUUGUCCAUAAUAUCACGUCAGUCUCAAGCACAAGGUGCUUAUAUUAAGCAGCAGCUGAGGACAAUCGUUACGCAAUAUUUUGGGCGAUUCCUCCCUAGUGCCCCCUCUGCUGGAGCAGGUGGGAAUCACCCCAUGCUGUUAGCGUUGUAUGAUUCAGCAGAGAGCCAGCACACUGUACAUCUCAGAAGAAUAAUAAUGCAAGUCUUAAGUGAGAACUACCUUCAGUUCAGAGGUAACGCUCCCCCACCUCGUCUGGCCUCUGUCUUGUCUUUCAUCUUUGAUGCCUUCCGAAAAAGCAAAAAUAUUGAGACGUAUGAUGCAGAGUUGACUCUUCCGUCUGUGCUUAAAUGCUUGAUACUAGUCAAUGAGCCACAGGUGAAAAAACUUUCUACAGACGUGCUACAGUAUAUUAUAGAAAACUGCCAACCGAACCCGACCGGGGAAUCCCUCACUGCCGUCUUAGAGAAGUUUAUUCAAGAAUACAGUUUGUUAUAUGACCAGCAGAUUUUUGGAAUUUUGGAAACCAUAUCUGUCCUGGACCAGCCUCUUGUUAUCCGCUUGAUUCCCACAAUCACCCAAAGUCUAAUGGACUCAGAACAUAAGCGUGGCUUAGGCAGGAAUGCUUCUUCAAGGGCGGCUUAUAGAAGGUUGUUGUCUCUUCUGGGGGAACAGGGACAAGUGGCAUUACAGAUGCUGGAUUAGUGGACCCCCCCAGUGUUUAGUCAUCCCGGGGAAUGGGUUGAACAUACCAAGUGUGGCUCAAUAACUAGAGGCUCAAGGGAAUCUUCUCUUACAACCGACGACUACAACAUGGACAUGAUGUUUCCUCUUUGCAAUUCCAUCUGCAUUGGAUGUUCAAAUACUGGACUCAGAAUAAAGCAGCCCUAGAGAUUUGCAGAAAAAACACGUGCAGAAGAUAAGAGGGAUGUGUGUGCGGCAGAGAGAACCAUUCCGCUGCUUUUUUCUACCAGUUUCACAUCCCACUGUAACUUGUGUACAGGAACCUUUUUUAUAUUCAAUGUAAGAACCUUUCUAUUCUAUUCUGUGUUUAAAAAAAAUCUUGUAAAUAUUUUUAUACAUUAAAAUACUUCAGAAAU